UUGUUGUUGUUGUUGUUGAACGAAUGUUUUCGUGCACAACCUUGUUAUUUGAGAGAAGCGCUUCCAUCACUGGGCACGGUGUGAGUUCCGCGCUACACCACAUUGUCUCCUCAUUGCACAAUCAUCACCAGUGGUGUAGAGUCGCAGCAUCCGACCAUGUUUGGACCUCAGGAGAGAAUUGCACAAGACCUCUGGUAAUUUGAUCCAACGCAUACCAUAAUGACUUAUGGCUGCGAUAGAAGACACACAUUUUGAACGAUUUUAAACUUAGUUGUGCAUUUUCCAAAGAUAGGACUUUUUUCAGUUGGUGUGAGGAUGUGUAGGCAUUUGAAAUACUUUUACACCUGAUCCUCGGGAACGACAAUCUCACUGUUGCUAUAGUCCCAUUUAGAGCAAUUGGGUGACUGAACGGGCAACUUCAGAACCAUGGCCAGAUCCAGACAUUUCCCAGGCGAACAUGCGUAAAGUUAAUAGUAGGACUCGUCCUUCUCAUUGGAGUUCCCCUUGCUGACAGCCCAGAGGGAUGAUCUAGACCAGCCACAAUACCAUUAGUUCAAUCCAUUUUUUUUGUUACUUUCUUCGGAGAGAAAUACUUUUAACGCGGGAGCGUGCAGCUCUCGACCGAGGAGGACCUGUAAGCUGUCGAGUGGAAAUCAGGAAGGUUCAAACAAUUCUACACCUGGGAGCAGACACGCAGGGACUUCAAGCUUAGAACCCUAGAGUCCUCCACCCCCUUCUUCUUUUUCUUCUUCUUCUUCUUCUUCUUCUUCUUCUUCUUCUUCUUCUUCUUCUUCUUCUCCUCCUCCUCCUGCUCCUCCUCCUCCUCCUCCUUCUUCUUCUUCUUCUUCUUCUUCUUCUUCUUCUUCUUCUUCUUCUUCUUCUUCUUCUUCUUCUUCUUCUUCUUCUUCUUCCUCCUCUUUCACUUCUUCUUCUCUUUGGGGUGGAGGCCCGUUAGCUGCGGCCGCAAUGAGGCCCGCAGGCCCGAGCCCCCGGCUGGCCCACCGCCUGCCCCUCCUCCUGCUGCUCCUGCUGCAGCUCCUGGCCCCAGGGGUCCGGCCUAGCGUCCCCCGCCCGGCCGUGGCCGCCAAGCGGGAGAUCAUCCUGGAUGGGGACCUGGUCAUCGGGGGGCUUUUCCCCGUGCACGAGAAGGGGAACCGGACGGAGGACUGCGGCAAGAUCAACGAAGAGCGGGGCAUCCAGCGGCUGGAGGCCAUGCUGCUGGCCCUGGACGAGAUCAACGCCAACACCCGCAUCCUGCCCGGCCUCAAGCUGGGAGCGCACAUCCUGGACACCUGCUCCAAGGACACCUAUGCUCUGGAGCAGUCCCUGGAGUUUGUCAGGGCGUCCCUGACCAAGGCCCACGAGCCCGGGUUCAUCUGCCCCGACGGCUCCAACCCGAUCCAGAAUGAUGUUCCUCUGGCCAUCUCUGGCGUGAUCGGAGGAUCCUACAGCGAUGUUUCCAUUCAGGUGGCCAACCUCCUCCGGCUCUUCCAGAUCCCCCAGAUCAGCUACGCCUCCACCAGCGCCAAGCUCAGCGACAAGUCCCGCUACGACUACUUUGCCCGCACCGUGCCCCCCGACUUCUACCAGGCCAAGGCCAUCGCCGAGAUCCUGCGCUACUUCAACUGGACCUACGUGUCCACCGUGGCGUCGGAGGGCGACUACGGCGAGACGGGCAUCGACGCCUUCCAGCAGGAGGCGCGCGCCCGCCACAUCUGCAUCGCCACCUCGGCCAAGGUCAGCCGCUCCAUGAGCCCCGUGGGCUACGAGAACGUGAUCCGCUCGCUGCAGCAGAAGUCCAACGCCAAGGUGGUGAUCGUGUUCACGCGCAGCGAGGACGCCCGCGAGCUGCUGGCGGCCGCCGCCCGCAUGAACGUGUCCUUCAGCUGGGUGGCCAGCGACGGCUGGGGCGCGCAGGAGAGCGUGGUGCGCGGCAGCGAGGCGGCGGCCGACGGCGCCUUCACCAUCGAGCUGGCGUCCUACCCCAUCCGGGAGUUUGAGGACUACUUCACCAAGCUCAACCCCUACACCAACACCCGCAACCCCUGGUUCAAGGAGUUCUGGGAGCACAAGUUCGGCUGCAGCCUGCAGCAGGCGGGUUGUAGCGAGCGGAGCCUGAGGGACGGCGCCUUCGAGCAGGAGUCCAAGAUCAUGUUCGUGGUGAACGCCGUGUACGCCAUGGCGUACGCGCUGCACAACAUGAGGCAGGCCGUCUGCCCCAACGCCAGCAAGGUGUGCCACGCCAUGAAGCCCGGCAACGGGAGGAAGUUUUACAAGGAGUUCAUUCUGAAGACCAAGUUCGAAGCCCCUUUCAGACCCGCCGACACGGAGAACAUGGUCGGCUUCGACGCCGUCGGCGACAGCAUCGGCCGCUACAACAUCUUCCACUACCACAAGGAAGACGGCAAGUACACCUACAGGAAGGUGGGCUACUGGGCCCAGGUCCUGACCCUGAACAACAGCCUGGUGUCCUGGCGCGGCCUGGUGCCGCCCACCUCCCAGUGCAGCGACCCCUGCAGGAAGAACGAGGUGAAGAGCAUGCAGCCCGGGGAGGUGUGCUGCUGGCUCUGCAUCCCCUGCCAGGCCUACCAGUACCUCCGCGACGAGUUCACCUGCGCCGACUGCAGCUUCGGCCAGUGGCCCCUGGACAACCUGAGCGGCUGCUACGACCUCCCCGAGGAGUACAUCCGCUGGGAGGACGCCUGGGCCAUCGGCCCCGUCUCCAUCUCCUGCCUGGGCAUCAUCUGCACCCUGUGCGUGGUGGGCCUGUUCCUCAAGAACAACGAGACCCCCGUGGUGAAGGCCAGCGGGCGGGAGCUGUCCUACAUCCUGCUGCUGGGGGUGCUGAUGUGCUACAGCAUGACCUUCAUCUACAUCGGCAAGCCGUCGGCCGCCGUGUGCACGCUGCGCCGCCUGGGCCUGGGCACCUCCUUCGCCGUGUGCUACUCGGCGCUGCUCACCAAGACCAACCGCAUCGCCCGCAUCUUCAGCGGCGUGAAGGACGGCGCGCAGCGGCCGCGGUUCAUCAGCCCCGCCUCCCAGGUGGCCAUCUGCGGGGGCCUGAUCUCCUGCCAGCUGCUGGUGGUGGUGGUGUGGCUGCUGGUGGAGACGCCGGGCGUGAGGAAGGAGGUGAGCCCCGAGCGGAGGGACGUGGUCACCCUCAAGUGCAACAGCAGGGACUCCAGCAUGCUGCUGUCGCUCACCUACAACUGCGUGCUCAUCGUCCUGUGCACCGUCUACGCCUUCAAGACCCGCAAGUGCCCGGAGAACUUCAACGAGGCCAAGUUCAUCGGCUUCACCAUGUACACCACCUGCAUCAUCUGGCUGGCCUUCCAGCCCAUCUUCUACGUCACGGCCAGCGACUACAGGGUGCAGACCACCACCAUGUGCAUCUCGGUCAGCCUGAGCGGCUCGGUGGUGCUGGGCUGCCUCUUCGCCCCCAAGGUGCACAUCAUCCUCUUCCAGCCCCAGAAGAACGUCACCUCGCUCCGAGUCGCCGCCAACCGCUUCAGCGCCACCGUGUCCGCGUCCGCCACCGCCUCCGCCACCGCCUCCGCCCCGGGCUCCAGCUACUCCAAAGGUUCAGCCUCCAACUAUGUACCAGCGGUCUGCAACGGUCGAGAAGUAGUGGACUCUACCACGUCCUCUUUGUGAGAGAUCCAUUCCCGUCCCCGUCCUCAACCCCAAGCACAAGAUUUCCUGUUACAUUUUAAUAAUGUCUCUCUAUAAGCCAGGCGACCGAUGAGAGAUAGCCCGCAGUCAACGAGGUACAUUCAACCCUUAAGCUUGUCGUUUAGGCCCACGAUGGCGCCAAUGCAUUUUUUAACUGUGAAAGCUUCCUAAAAGAAUGUACAGCAGUGAAAACCGCCCUGUAUAGAUUUAACAUGCCGUGAACUCCUUGGUUUGAAAAUAUAGUUAUAACGGUUGAAUGCAUUGCAACUUGUCGUGAGAAGUUUUGUCCGCCGGCUGGCUGGGAAGCCAUCCUUAUUUAAUACAGAAACAAAAUGGUCUUUACAUUGUUGUGAAUAGGAUCCAAACGCUAUUAGACGGAUAUGACUAAAAGACUGCUAUUGAACUAAGCUGAGCCAUUCCUUUGGAACAAAAAAAUGUGAGUAACAUAAUUUGUGAAAGUGAUCAACCUAGACAACUAAAUAUUAUAAUGGACAUUGUUUUAAUGUAGCCUGUGUAGAGAUGUCUGUGAAUUUUUGUAAUUUAUGUAAAUAAAAAUGUUUUUCUUUUUAAUAUUAAACCAUAAAUUAUGUUU